AUAUUUUUUUUUGUUCGAUUUGUCUGUGAAAUGUGAAUUUGUGUGAAUAUGUGUGAAUAAUUGAACCAAAUCGAGAGAACUGGAAAUCGACUAUCGAGGAUUGAAAAUUGAAAAAUCUAAACAGUUUUGAAAUAAAUUCUGAGGGAAUACAGGGAGCGCUUGACGCGAAGGAAUAAUACUAUUUUAUUCCAUAACAUUUGUAUGUUUUCAUAGUAAACACAUGAAGUGGUAAAAUCGUCGCGAGCAAGAUGGCUCACAAAUACCGGAUAUUAUGUUUGAGUGCUCUAUUGGUGCUGGUUGCGGCUUCUCAUGUGGUUGCCGACGAGGAUGCCGACGGUGUCGUAGUUGAGACUGAAGAUGAUGAGACUUACGAAAGCCCGACGAUAGACCCAAAAAAGGUGUAUCUUGCGGAACAUUUUGAUGAUGAAGCAGCUUUCAAGAAGAAGUGGGUCGUGUCAGAAGCCAAAAAACAAGGAGUGGAUGAGGAUAUUGCCAAAUACGAUGGAAAAUGGGAGAUACAAGCUCCAUCAAGGCAUAUUCUGAAAAAUGAUCUGGGAUUGGUGUUGACCACAGAAGCCAAGCAUGCUGCAAUCUCAGCUCUGUUGAACAAGCCUUUUGAGUUCAAGGACAAACCUCUAGUUGUCCAAUAUGAAGUUACGAUGCAGGAGGGUCAGAACUGCGGCGGCGCGUAUAUAAAGCUGCUGUCUCGAGGGACCAACACGGUGGGCGACCUGCGCCGCUUCCACGACCAGACACCCUACACUAUCAUGUUCGGGCCCGACAAGUGCGGCAACGACAAUAAACUGCACUUCAUAUUCAGACACCAGAACCCCAAGAACGGGACCAUCGAGGAGAAACACAGCAAGAAACCUACCCAACGCCUGGACGACAUCUACAAGGACAAAGAACCGCAUCUAUAUACGCUGAUAGUGCGACCGGACAACACGUUCACCGUGCUAGUGGACAACAAGGAGGCCAACGCCGGCUCCCUGCUGGAGGACUUCACUCCCCCUGUCAACCCGCCAGAGGAGAUUGAUGACCCCGACGACAGGAAACCCGAGGACUGGGACGAGAGAGAAAAGAUCGUAGACCCGACAGCGGUGAAGCCUGAGGACUGGGACGAGACGGAGCCGGCUCAGAUACUCGACCCUAACGCAAUGAAACCCGACGGCUGGCUCGACAACGAACCGGAGACUAUUCCUGAUCCGGAAGCCAAGAAGCCUGACGACUGGGACGAGGAAAUGGACGGGUCGUGGGAGGCGCCGCUCAUCGACAACCCGCGCUGCGCCGAAGCGCCCGGCUGCGGGGAGUGGCGCCCGCCGGCCAUACCCAACCCCAAAUACAAGGGUCCGUGGCGCGCUCCGCUGAUCUCCAACCCGAACUACCGCGGGCGGUGGGCGCCGCGCCGCAUACCCAACCCCCACUACUUCAGGGACGACCACCCCUUCCGCAUGACGCCUGUCCACGCCGUGGGCUUCGAGCUGUGGUCGAUGUCACCGAUGCUGUUGUUCGACAACCUCAUCAUCACCGACGACGUGGGGGUCGCCGAGGAGUGGGCGAGAACCACGUACGCCCUCAAACGUGCCAAGAUCACCAGCGAUUCCGAGUCAGUCGUCGAGCGGGCGCUGAAGUGGGCGGGCGCGAACCCGUGGGUGUGGGCGGCGCUCAUCGUGGUCUCCUUCGUGAUCGUGGGCAGCGUCGCCUACUGCUGCUGCGGACCCAAACCGCAAGACAUCGAUGCUGACAUCAAGAAGACUGACGCGAUGACGGAGGCGGACCCCCACUCCGACGAGGACGAGCCGGAAGACAGGCCGGAGGAAAAGCCGGAGCGGCCCGGAAAGGCCGGACUAGAGGAACCGGAGCCGGACACCACUGACACAACUCCACCCGCGGAAACGGAGGGCGCUGGCGACGCGCCGCGGAAACGGAAACCGCGUAACCGCCUCACGAUGUGGACAUUACUUUUUUUCUCGUGUGUUUUGUGUUUACACAUUGAAGCCAGACCGAACAUCAUAUUAUUUAUAGCUGAUGACCUGGGCUGGAACGACGUGGGCUUCCAUGGGUCGAACCAGGUGCCGACACCUAAUAUCGACGCGCUGGCGGCAGCAGGCCUCUCCCUGCACAACUACUACGUCACGCCCAUCUGUACCCCCUCCCGGGCCUCACUCAUGACUGGGAAAUACGCCAUACAUACAGGCAUGCAACACACCGUGAUAUUCGGGUCGGAGCCGCGAGGGUUGCCUCUGUCAGAGAAACUGCUGCCUCAGUACCUGAAGGAGUUGGGAUACAGCACGCACCUGGUGGGCAAGUGGCACCUGGGCAGCUAUAAACGGGAAUACUUGCCGAUGAGCCGAGGAUUUGACAGCCAUUUAGGAUUUUGGACUGGCAAAAUAGACUUGUAUGAUCACACCAACGAAGAGAAAGGUUCCUGGGGCACAGACUUUAGGCGAGGAUACGAAGUAGCUUACGAUUUGUACGGGCGCUACGCUACUGAUAUUUAUACAGAUGAAGCUGUUAAGAUAAUAAACUCGCACAACCGCACCUCGCCGCUGUUCCUGAUGGUGUCGCACUCCGCCGUGCACAGCGGCAACCCCGCGGAGCCGCUGCGCGCGCCCGACCGCGUCGUCGACAACCUCACACACAUACAACACUACCAGCGCCGGAAGUUCGCCGCGAUGUUGACGAAGAUGGACGAGUCGAUCGGAGAGGUGGUACGGGCGCUGCAAGCGCGGGGGCUGCUGGAGAACAGCAUAGUGAUGUUCAGCACCGACAACGGCGGCCCCGCGGACGGGUUCAACGACAACGCCGCCUCCAACUACCCGCUACGUGGGGUGAAGAACACACUCUGGGAGGGCGGCGUGCGCGGCGCGGGGCUGGUGUUUAGUCCUCUGCUGGAGAGGCCGGCGCGGGUCGCUCGCCAGAGGGUGCACAUAGUGGAUUGGCUGCCAACCCUGUUAAACGCCGCCGGCUAUGACGUCAGCACCAUACCCGGGCUGGACGGGCUAGACCAGUGGGCGGCGCUGUCGCGCGAUUGUGAGUCGCGGCGGACGACGCUGGUGCAUAACAUAGAUGACGAGUUUGCCAGUGCCGCCAUCACUGUCGGCAAGUGGAAGCUGCAUAAAGGUACAAACUACAACGGCAACUGGGACGGAUGGUACGGCCCCAGCGGUAGGGAGGGGGCUUAUGACGUGGCCUCGCUGGCGACCUCACCCGCUGGACAGGCCAUAACGCAGCUUGGCCUCUUGCCAGACAUACAGAAAAUACUGCAACUGAGAGAAGAGGCGACAGUGCAAUGUAGUGGGGCGGUAACGCCUUGUCGGCCGCUUGAGGCGCCGUGUCUGUUCGACAUAGAAGCGGAUCCGUGCGAGUUGAACAACCUAGCUGAUAGCGAGCCUGGCAUCCUUCUAGGUCUACUGCAGGAGUUGGAGCGAGUGAACAGAACCGCAGUGCCGCCUAACAACAAGCCGCUAGACCCGCGCGGCGACCCCAAACACUGGGGUUGGACGUACACCAACUUUGGAGAUUUUGACUUAGAUAACUUUUAUAGCCGAUAUCAAUUCUAACGUAAUAAGUUCCUAGGUACUUAUCCGAAUAAUUUUUUUUACAGAAAUUAUUUUUA